AUGAGCACGACUAAGACAUACUCAUACAACCAUGGCCCUUCAGGUGCCCAAGCAUCUCUGGCACCCACAGCAUAUUCCGAAAUUGACCCGGCCCAUAUCCGACGCCUGUCAAUGAAUUCCGCUUCCUCUGACUCCGAGCCUUUGGAUCCUUCGGAACAGGAGGAACUGAAUGCGGCUCUCAAUAUCGAGCCGGGCACUGACUGGAUACCCGAGCUGCAUGCCACGGGUGGAAAUCUAUCAAACCCCCUGAAGAAACCGGUCGUGAUUCCACGCAUUGAUUUUGGGGGACCUCUCAAAGUACCCUUGCCAUUCAUGCGAGCAUACUCUCCCGAUCUCCGCGCUCAUGACACCCACGAAGAAGACUUUGUGGGCUUCAUCGACAAUUUGACAUUUGCACAAGGCCCUCCAGUGCCACUGGCCGCACUAAAUGCCGCAGGAACGAUAGUUGGCUAUGUACCUCGAGAUGUGAACUGGGAGAUGGAUAUUAAAGCUCGCCGAAUGUCGGCUCUACAGCCCUACAUCGCGCCACUUACGUUUGACGUGCCACCUCCCACAAAAGAUCGAAACAUCAUAGAUCGACUCAUAGAGAAGCAAAUUCAACGACGAGUUAAAAAGAAGGAGAAGAAAGGAAAACGAGCAAGGAAGAUGAGGAGGAAGCGGUCCCGCCAGGAACGAAGACAAUCGGAACGUAACAGCACGUCAGACUUUAUCGACUCCGACUCAAGUAGCUCAAGUUCCAGUUCUAGCUCCAGUUACAGUUCCGACAGCGACAUGGAACACCUGAAUAGAAAGGCUGAAAUUGUGUGCUCGAAAGCUGACGAGAAGCUGGAAGGAGCAAGCCGCAAGGAGGCUAAGGAAAUCCAGAAGAAGAGAGACGAAAAGCUACGCAAGAUUGAGGAAAGGAUGGAGAAGGCGGAAGAGUCUGAAAGAAAAAAGAGGGAGAAGACCGCUAAGAAGAGGGAGAAACGUGUCAAGAAGCGAGGAAAGCAUCACGCCAAGGAUCACAAAAAGGCUAACAAGAUGGAGUUCAUAGUGAUAAAGAGCUUGGAAAGCGAAUCGGCUGAUUGCGAAUAG